GCUUAAUUGGGUUUUAUGGGGCGCCAUUUUGGUUUUCCUAUAAGUCUGUGCAGCUCGUUUCCUUGGUAACCGUUUAUGUUUGGGACACCGGUUGCUCUUCGAUGAUUAGUUUGUACAAUUGGUAAAACAUGUUCGGGGCUCCUGUGGACUUCUCCUUUAAAGAUUUGUGCUCAGUAGAAGAUGUUCUAUCAGAAGAGCCAAACAAGGGAGUUCGCACACCUUGGAGAAACUCAGAGGGGAAGUUUGCUAGCCGUGUUCUCCGUCUCAAUAACAACCUUUUAUCGAACACGACCGGACUUAUGGAGACGCUGUCUGCUUUAUUCACCAAGCCAAAACAUCUCACCUGGCUCGACCUGUCCUUCAAUGACAUCACAAACAUUCACCCGGUCCUCACUGAGCUGGUGGAGUUGCGUGUGUUGUAUCUCCAUGGUAACUCUGUGUGUAACCUCUCUGAGGUGGACAAGCUCGGGGCAUUACCGCACCUGCACACCAUCACACUACAUGGAAACAACAUCGAGCAUGAGCAUGGCUACAGAAACUACGUGAUAAGCACCCUUCUUCAUUUGAAGAUGAUGGACUUCAGUGCCGUCACCAAACAGGAGCGAGUCAUGGCCUCCAUCUGGCACAGGCCCAGAAGGAGCCGCAUUCCCAAACCCAAUCGCAGCACACAAAACAUUUAGAAGAAGUCAUUUGCAAGUGGAUCAUUCGAUAGUACACUAUAUGGCCAAAAGUGUCAGUGUGGACACCUGAGCAUCACACCCAUAUUCAAUUCAAUUCAAUUCAAUUUUAUUUGUUUAGCGCCUUUUACAAUAGACAUCGUCUCAAAGCAGCUUUACAGAAACAUAUAAACACAGUAUACAGAUUUUAAAAGUGCGAAUUUAUCCCAAUUGAGCAAGCCGGUGGCGACGUAUGUCCAUACGUCCAUACUUCCCCAAGCUGUUAUCACAAUGUUGCAAGAACACAAUUGUAUAGAAUGUAUUUGUAUGCUGUAGCAUUACAAUUUCCCUUCACUGGAACUAAGAGGCCCAAACAUUGUUCCAGCAUCACAAUGCUCCUGUGCACAAAGCGAGCUCAAUGAAGACAUGGUGUGUGAAGGUUGGAAGCAGGUAGAAGAACUUGAGUGUCCUGCACAGGUCCCUUAUCUCAACCCCACUGAACACCUUUGGGAUGAACUGGAACUGGAGCCUCAUCACCUAACAUCAGUGCCUGACCUCAACCUCACUAACGCUCUUGUAGCUGAAUGAACACAAAUCCCCACAGCCACACCCCAAAAUCUAGUGGAAAGCCUUCCCAGAAGAGUGGAGCUUACUAUAACAGGUAAGGGGGACUAAACAAGCACAUACUGUACGAUUGUGAUGGUCAGGUUUCCAUAAACUUUUGGCCCUAUAAAUGUACGUACUGUACGAACGUAGUGGAUGGUCUGAGAAAGAACCAGAAUGUCUUCAUGAACAUAGGAAGCCAUUUUGUGGUUCAGCAAACGGGUCCAUAUUUGUGACUUUUACAAAGCAGACCUAAUAAAUAUUCAUAAAUCCAAAUACACAACUUUUAAGGCACAUUCCAAACAAUAUUUCAUAAAUGUAUCACAAAAACAACGCAGACACACGUGUGCUGAUGUACAGAAUGUUCUUAACGUGCAAAAUGUUUUUUUAAAAAACAGGUUUGUAUUUCUGAAGUAAAAUAAAAUGAUAUUUUUUUCA